AUGAUCUCGCUCACUCGCCCGACCGUCCUCCGGGCAACUCGAUCCAUAUACCCCUCCGCCGCAAGCACACUCGCCCGUUCCCGAUUACUCUCUACCCUCGCUAUCCUCGAACACAAAGACGGCAAGGUAGCCGGUUCGUCUCUCUCGGCUAUCGCUGCUGCCAUCAAGCUCGGUGGCCCCGUCACUGGCUUUGUAGCUGGUAAGGGCGUUAAGGCCGGUGUAGCUGCUGAAGUAGCGCAGGUGCAGGGAGUAGAGAGCGUUCUGGCUGUUGACAACGAGGCAUACGAUAAGGGUCUACCAGAAAACUAUGCGCCGCUAUUAAUUGAGAAUAUCAAGAAGGGUGGCUUCACCCACGUCGUUGCAAGCCACUCGGCAUUUGGCAAGAAUGUCCUGCCCCGUGUUGCAGCCAUGAUGGAUGCUCAGCCCGUCUCAGACGUCACCGCCAUCGAGGGAGAAGAUAAAUUCACCCGUCCCAUCUUCGCAGGCAACGCAGUUCUAACAGUCCAAUCAACCGACCCCAUCAAAUUCUUCACCGUGCGCGGCACCGCCUUCCAACCAGGCCCAUCAACAGGCGGCUCAGCGAACGUAACAGAAGGCGUUGACCCCGCUGCCCCCUCAAACACAAAAUGGCUCUCCGAAGACCUCACCACUUCCGAACGCCCUGACCUCUCCACCGCCGAGCGCGUCGUGUCCGGUGGCCGCGGCUUGAAGUCAAAGGAAGAAUUCGACCGCAUCAUGACACCCCUUGCCGACGCCCUUGGUGCCGCGAUCGGUGCCUCCCGCGCCGCAGUCGACGAGAAGAUGGCCGAUAACUCGCUGCAGGUAGGCCAGACGGGAAAGAAUGUUGCGCCCCAGCUUUAUUUGUGCGCUGGUAUCUCGGGCGCUAUUCAGCAUUUGGCCGGUAUGAAGGAUAGCAAGGUCAUUGCUGCUAUCAACAAGGACCCUGAUGCGCCUAUUUUCCAGGUUGCGGAUGUUGGGCUUGUAGGAGACUUAUUUGAGAAGGUCCCUGAGUUGACUGAGAAGCUGAAGAAGUGA